AUGAUGUUCAAUCCCCAGUUCCCCUCCAACAGGGCGCUGGUGGUCACCUGUCGGAAACUGAAGGCGCUGCUCUGCUGCGCAACGGAUAAGCUCAGUCAGGCGGUCCUGGACGCCCUGGUCCGGGCAGACCUGGGGAAAAGAGAUGACGGCAAGCCGAGAACACUGAGGUUCAAAACACUAGCUGAUACCUGUGAAGCUGUUUAUGAUAAACUGAUCAUACCGUCGGAUACCGGCAACAUCAAAGUACUAAGACUGAGGGACGACAAAUCCUGCGGUUCAUCUUUGAAGAUCAUCUUUCCACCGGGCCAUAGUGAUGAGCAGCUAACGGCUCUGCUGGAGUCCCUCCAAUCCUUGGAGGAGCUCACGGUCUCCAUUCUUCCUGACUCGACGGGACGGUGGCUGCAGCUGCUGCCGCCGUCCUUGAGGCGCCUGGACGUUUUCGGACUGGGGGAGACGGGGGAGCCGCUGACACUGGCGAAGGACAGACGGCUCGACCAUGGGCUGGAGGUCGUCAUAGAACAGGCGGGAGAUGACGUCAUCAACCAGCUGGCCAAGGAGCUGGGACCACGGGUUACCGCGCUGGUCAUGUUCAACUGCCCGCGUGUCACUGCCGGGGCCCUACAGAGGCUGCUGUCCGCCCUCACCGGCCUGGAAGACGUCACACUUGACGGCUCUCUGUCCGGCGCCAUCACUGACGCCUCACUGGCCGCCCUCCACGGCCGCUCCCAGCUGCGUAUAAUGCAGCUGGGAACGCCCAGUGUACUCUGUACGGAUAUACCGGUCACAGAGGUCAGCAGGCUGGUGGUUACCUGUCGGAGACUGGAGUGGCUGCUCUUUUACGCAACGGGGGAGCUCAGUCAGUCGGUCCUGGACGCCCUGGUCCGGGCAGACCUGGGGAAAAGAGAUGACGGCACGCCGAGAACACUGGGGUUCUUGGUCCAUGGAGCCGUUUAUGACAGGCUGAGAAUACCGUCUCAGACCGGCAACAUCAAGGUUGUGAGGUGCGACGAAUAAAUACUAUGUAGAUACGAUCAUCACUUGUAACGACUCGCCGACACCCACAGCGGUGUCAGUGGUGAUCAUUCUCGGCUCGUUCCCCCUUCUGAUUGGCUCAUCACAAGACGCCGAGGUGACGGACAAAUGGGACGACAGUCUGCCGGGCUUUAUCACCAACUGGGAGCUGGUGAAGCUGCGCUCCUUCAGCAUCAGCGUGCACCGGGUGAACACGGUGGGGUCGAACAUAACGCCUGCUCGUUCUUACUACGCUGCUUCUGCUUAUGUGUCUUCUGUAUCAUGUAUGAUGAGAAACAAUGACGUGAUAGUUCGGUGAAAAUCAUUCAAAUGAUGUGAGCAAUAUUAGAGAUUGUGUGACUUGGGGAAUACAAAUAUGGGUAAGAUGCACAGUUAGAUGAUCAUGUUGCCUUAUCCAGCCUUAUCUGUUAGAGCACCCUGCUCUACGGAAUCGAUAGAAUGAACGCACCAUAUGCAGCGGCGGCGGAAUAG